AUGGCUGUAAUGGGCCCUGAACAUAGAAAUCCAUCCAAUUCUCAUCAACCAUAUAUAAUCAAAGCCUCAUUACGAGAGUGGCAUGCAUUACUGAUUAGGAAGAGCACGCGUCAGAAGAAGAAGACGUGUAAGUCGAAUGAAAAUGAGAAGGGAAUAGUUGUUGUAUAUACUUAA